AGCUAUUGUGGCGCAAGUGAUUGCCACAGACUCCAAACAGAUGUCGGGCUUCGGUGAAAGACUGAGUGCGCGACAGAAGGCCUACAAGAAGGGCGUGGAUGCAGAUGACGCCCGGCGGAAGCGCGAGGAUGCCGCCGUGCAGCUGAGGAAGGCUACGAGGGAUGAGGCCUUGAUGAAGAAGCGCAUGGUCAAUGAUCUUCCUCCCGGCCAAGCGCCGGACAUGGGCGCUAUGGGCAUGGGGAUGAUGGGCACGGGGAUGCCACAGAUGAUGACUGGGCCGCCCAACAUCGCUGCGGAGCAGAUUCCGGCAUUGAGUCAGGCAUUGAUGUCGGAAGACCCGCAGGCACAGUUCAACUCCACGCAGCAAUUCCGAAAGCUUCUCAGCAUUGAGCAGAACCCGCCCAUUUCGGAAGUCAUCAAUGCUGGGGUGGUCCCCAGGUUUGUGCAAUUUCUCAAGGAAAUCAACCGGCCAGACUUGCAGUUCGAGGCUGCUUGGGUGCUGACCAACAUCGCCUCGGGCAAUGCGGAGCAGACCCGAGUUGUGGUGGAGCAUGGGGCCCUGCCAAUCUUUGUGCAGCUGCUGCAGUCUCCCAACGAUGAUGUCCGAGAACAGGCAGUGUGGGCUUUGGGGAACAUCGCUGGAGACUCCCCGAACUUCAGGGACCUAGUUCUCCAAAGUGGAGGCCUGCACCCAGUGAUGGCGGUCCUCAGGGAAUCGGACAAAACCUCGAUGAUGCGAAACGCCACUUGGACUUUGUCCAAUUUGUGCCGUGGCAAGCCUCCCCCUCCCUUUGAGUGGGUGGUCCCAGCCCUUGCCACGCUUUCGCAGCUCAUCUUCUCCUCGGACAACGAGGUCUUGACGGACGCCUGCUGGGCACUGUCAUACAUGUCAGAUGGACCCAACGAGCGCAUCACUGCGGUGAUCCAGGCAGGGGUUUCCCAGCGCCUGGUGGAGCUCUUGGGUCACACCUCGCCGCUGGUGCAGACUCCGGCCCUGCGGGCGGUGGGGAAUAUCGUCACAGGGGAUGACAACCAGACGCAGGUGAUCUUGCAGAGCGGCGUCUUGCCCUGCCUGCUGAAGCUGUUGUCCCACGCCAAGAAGGCCAUCCGAAAGGAAAGCUGCUGGACCAUCUCCAACAUCACGGCAGGGAGCCGCGAGCAAAUCCAGGAGGUGAUCAACAACGGCCUGCUGCCUCCGGUGAUCCACCUGCUGUCAACCGCAGAUUUUGACAUCAAGAAGGAGGCGGCCUGGGCCAUCAGUAAUGCCACCUCCGGGGGCUCGCCCCAGCAAGUGGACUACCUGGUGGAGAUUGGCUGCAUCAAGCCACUGGUGGAUCUGCUGGUCAUCACGGAUGCCAAGAUCAUUGGAGUGGCCCUCGAGGCCUUGGAUAACAUCCUGAAGGUGGGAAAGGAUAAGCAGCAAGAGCUGGGCCUUGCUGAGAACCCCUUUGCUGUCAAGGUGGAGACCGCAGAUGGGCUGUCAAAAAUCGAGGGUCUUCAGGAGGACCCCAAUGAAGAAGUGUACCAGAAGGCCCUGAAGAUCUUGGAAAAGUACUUUCCUAUGGAUGACGCGGAUUUCGAGGAUAGCGCGCCGCAGCUUGGUUUUGGGGCCGCGGUGCCGUCCGGUGGCUUCGUUUUUGGCUGAGCCGUGACAGAAGCUUAAUGAUCACGGUGCUUGCUUGAGCGUCGAGAAGCCACCUUUUUUCCCACAUGGCAAUCCGCUAAUUCAGCUCAGCUGACAGCAGCUGAACGGCAGUAGGCGCAUGUGGCAGAGAUUUGCCGCCUUUUGGAGGGACAAGCCAUGGGGAGUCCCAAUGCGUGCAGCACCUUGGUGCGGCCCUUGGCACGGCUUCGUCGCUCCAUUUGGUCAGGACCAUGUGUUCCGUUGCCCGGCGAAUGAGGCGGUUCAUUAUGAGCGCAUAGCGCCAAGCCCUAGGCUAGCCUUAUUGAAGCUUCUUAUGGCAAGAUCUCAUUUGCGGGCCUGUCCCAAAGCAUCCCAAGGCGCAGCACAGAAGCCGCCCAAAAGGCAGCUACUUGUAGCAGGAAUUACAGUAGUACCAAACAGAUGCUUGCACUGCGGUGCACAGAACACUUUGCGAGA